AUGGCGCUUUGGCAUCGAAAGGCACUGCCUAGCAGCGCAUCACCCCAUCCACGCUUGCAGAGGCGCGAGCGAGUCCAGUCUGGAUUGCUGGGCGAGUAUCGGUCGCCCGCCCGCUCGCCCGUCCCGCCAGCUCAUGCCAAACCCAAGCAAGCCUCGGCUGAGAUCGCACGAGACCCUGACCAAGGCCUUUUAGCCAACGCCCCACCCGUCACCUCCAGCUCACCAUCCACCACCUCAUUCCUAUCCGUCGCAUCCGUUCGACCAUUCACUGCGCACGUCAAAGCGUUCAUCCGACAUCACCGCCUUAUCUCCGCUCCGUCGACCCGCUCGCACACAGCGAUCGCAUCCGAGCGCCGACCCGCAGCAUUGCACCCGCUCGCACCACAAGCUCGUCAACGACCACCUCGUAUCUCACCAGCCUCGAUCGCCGCAAAGGCGCUGAUCGGCCAAGAUGACCUCGCCAAAACGUCUCUCAUGUCGGACUACGAGAUCACCCUGAUCAACGACAGCAUGCAGGAGUUCUAUGUCCGUUUCCACGGCCCAGACGAGACUCCCUUUGCCGGAGGUGUGUGGAAGAUCCACGUCGAGCUGCCUGACCAGUACCCGUACAAGUCACCCUCGAUCGGCUUUAUGAACAAGAUCUUCCACCCCAACAUCGACGAGCUCUCGGGGUCCGUGUGUCUCGACGUCAUCAACCAGACUUGGUCGCCCAUGUUUGACUGCAUCAACAUCUUCGAGGUCUUUCUGCCGCAGCUGCUGCGCUAUCCAAACCCUACCGAUCCGCUCAAUGGCGAAGCGGCAGCGCUGCUCAUGCGCGAGCCAAAGACGUACGAAGCACGCGUCAAGGACUACGUGCAGCGCUUUGCCACAAAGGAGGCGGCCAAUGCGGCAGGCGAAGAGGAGGAUGACGACGACGACGAUGACGACGAAAUGUCCGACGUCGGCAGCUUCUCCGAUCAGGGAGAGCCAAUGGGCGACAUGGAGAUGUGA